AUGACGAAGGGACGUGCACAGAGGACCUACGAGGCGCCAGGCAGCCCCUACGAGGCGGUGAUUGCCAAGCCGGGGCCAGGCCUCCUGUGGGACGUACGACCUCAGUGUGGGGAUGUUGUGAACUUGCUGGACACGUCCACCAUCCACGGGGACUGGGGCUGGCUCACGUAUCCGGCUCACGGGUGGGACUCCAUCAACGAGGUGGAUGAGUCUUUCCAGCCCAUCCACACGUACCAAGUAUGCAACGUUAUGAGCCCCAACCAGAACAACUGGCUGCGCACCAGCUGGGUGCCCCGCGACGGCGCCCGGCGGGUCUACGCUGAGAUCAAGUUCACCCUGCGCGACUGCAACAGCAUGCCCGGAGUGCUGGGCACCUGCAAGGAGACCUUCAACCUCUACUACCUGGAGUCGGACCGUGACCUGGGUGCCAGCACCCAAGAGAGCCAGUUCCUCAAAAUUGACACCAUUGCGGCCGACGAGAGCUUCACGGGGGCCGACCUGGGCGUGCGGCGCCUCAAGCUUAACACGGAGGUGCGCGGUGUGGGCCCCCUCAGCAAGCGCGGCUUCUACCUGGCCUUUCAGGACAUUGGUGCGUGCCUCGCCAUCUUGUCUCUCCGCAUCUACUACAAGAAGUGCCCCAUGAUGGUGCGCAACCUGGCUGCCUUCUCGGAGGCGGUGACGGGCGCUGACUCGUCCUCGCUGGUGGAGGUGCGGGGCCAGUGCGUGCGGCACUCCGAGGAGCGGGACACGCCCAAGAUGUACUGCAGCGCCGAGGGCGAAUGGCUGGUGCCCAUUGGCAAGUGCGUGUGCAGCGCUGGCUACGAGGAGCGGCGGGAUGCCUGUGUGGCCUGCGAGCUGGGCUUCUACAAGUCGGCCCCUGGGGACCAGCUCUGCGCCCGCUGCCCUCCCCACAGCCACUCUGCAGCCCCCGCCGCCCAGGCCUGCCGCUGUGACCUCAGCUACUACCGUGCGGCCCUGGACCCCCCGUCCGCAGCCUGCACCCGGCCGCCCUCGGCCCCGGUGAACCUGAUCUCCAGCGUGAAUGGGACUUCUGUGACCCUGGAGUGGGCCCCUCCCCUGGAUCCCGGCGGCCGCAACGACAUCACCUACAACGCCGUUUGCCGCCGCUGCCCCUGGGCACUGGGCCACUGCGAGACCUGCGGGAGUGGCACCCGCUUCGUGCCCCAGCAGACCAGCCUGGUGCGGGCCAGCCUGCUGGUGGCCAACCUGCUGGCCCACAUGAACUACUCCUUCUGGAUCGAGGCCGUCAACGGCGUGUCGGACCAGAGCCCCGAGCCCCGCCGGGCCGCCGUCGUCAACAUCACCACGAACCAGGCAGCCCCGUCCCAGGUGGUGGUGAUCCGCCAGGAGCGGGCGGGCCAGACCAGCGUCUCCCUGCUGUGGCAGGAGCCGGAGCAACCCAAUGGCAUCAUUCUGGAGUAUGAGAUCAAGUACUACGAGAAGGACAAGGAGAUGCAGAGCUACUCCACCCUCAAGGCUGUCACCACCAGGGCCACCGUCUCGGGUCUCAAGCCGGGCACCCGCUACAUGUUCCAGGUCCGAGCGCGCACCUCUGCAGGCUGCGGCCGCUACAGCCAGGCCAUGGAGGUGGAGACCGGGAAACCCCGGCCCCGCUAUGACACCAGGACCAUUGUCUGGAUUUGCCUGACGCUCAUCACGGGCCUGGUCGUGCUCCUGCUCCUGCUCAUCUGCAAAAAGAGGCACUGUGGCUACAGCAAGGCCUUCCAGGACUCGGACGAGGAGAAGAUGCACUAUCAGAACGGGCAGGCGCCUCCCCCUGUCUUCCUGCCCCUGCACCACCCCCCAGGGAAGAUCCCAGAGCCCCAGUUCUAUGCGGAGCCCCAUAACUAUGAGGAGCCAGGCCGGGCGGGCCGCGGUUUCACCAGGGAGAUUGAAGCCUCCAGGAUCCACAUUGAGAAAAUUAUCGGCUCUGGAGAGUCAGGGGAGGUCUGCUACGGGCGGCUGCGGGUACCGGGCCAGCAGGACGUGCCCGUGGCCAUCAAGGCCCUCAAAGCUGGCUACACAGAGAGACAGCGACGGGACUUUCUGAGCGAGGCAUCCAUCAUGGGUCAGUUUGACCACCCCAAUAUCAUCCGCCUUGAAGGUGUCGUUACCCGUGGUCGCUUGGCAAUGAUCGUGACGUCACUUGCUCAGGCAUCAGGCUUGAGCACCUACUCUGUUCCAGGCCCGCCACACACUUGCCUCACCCAGUCUUCACCACAGCUGCGUGUGCAGGUCUGCCCAAACCAGAACAGGUGCUCUAGAAAGGUGGGGGCCAUGUCUCCCCUCCUGGAUUGCCAGGAGCUGGACCCCAUGCUCAGCUCCCCACCGCGAGCUGGGGAGAAGCCCUCAGCACUCCUGUGUGCCUUGCAGGGAGGCAAGAUCCCGAUCCGCUGGACGGCGCCCGAGGCCAUCGCUUUCCGGACCUUCUCCUCGGCCAGCGAUGUGUGGAGUUUUGGUGUGGUCAUGUGGGAGGUGCUGGCCUAUGGGGAGAGGCCCUAUUGGAACAUGACCAACCGUGACGUCAUCAGCUCUGUGGAGGAGGGGUACCGCCUGCCUGCGCCCAUGGGCUGCCCCCGCGCCCUGCACCAGCUCAUGCUUGACUGCUGGCACAAGGACAGGGCCCAGCGGCCUCGCUUUUCCCAGAUUGUCAGUAUUCUCGAUGCUCUCAUCCGGAGCCCUGAGAGUCUCAGGGCCACGGCCACUGUCAACAGGUGCCCACCCCCUGCCUUUGCCCAGAGCUGCUUUGACCUCCGUGGGGGCGGGGGCGGCGGUGGGGGCCUCACCGUCGGGGACUGGCUGGACUCCAUCCGCAUGGGCCGCUACCGGGACCACUUUGCUGCCGGCGGCUACUCCUCCCUGGGCAUGGUGCUGCGCAUGAACGCUCAGGACGUGCGCGCCCUGGGCAUCACCCUCAUGGGCCACCAGAAGAAGAUUCUGGGCAGCAUCCAGACCAUGAGAGCCCAACUGACCAGCACCCAGGGGCCCCGUCGGCACCUCUGACCCAGUGCCGCUGGGGCCUGGGCAGCAACUACAGAGGCCCUGGGUCAUGUUGGCCCCCAGAGGACUUGCAGGGUUGGCCGGAGAUCGGGCAGCCCCCGCCUCUGUCCCUCCUCUCAGGUGCCAGGGAAGCUGAGUUCUGCCACAGGACCUGGAGUUUCCCGGGGUCAGGCUGCCUGGGCAGUGGCAUUUGGUGCCCAGCAUGACUGAAACAUCUGCCCCUAGCUGAAGCCUCAGUGACACUGAACCUAACAUCGCUCACUUGCCUCUGAGAGAGAGAGAGAGAGUCUGUGUGUGUGUGUGAUCACAUGCUGUGGGGUGUGUUUCCAUGAGGUCCCGGGAGCCUUUGUGAGCAUUUGUGAUCCUGUGUGCGUGUCCACCCAUCAGGUCUGAGCAGACGUGUGCUUGUGGCACUCAUGCUUAUCCGACUUG